AAUCGCACUAGCUUUUCUUUCAAUACUCUUCUGCCUAUCAGAAAUCAAGAAGGCCAUAUGAAGUAUCUACAUGCAUGCUUCCUCAGGAAAAGAAACAUGCUUAUAGUAAGAAGUUUCACCACCUUACUACUACUCAGCUGCAUAGCCUUUAAGUUAGCUUGCUGCUUCUCUAACAGCAUCUCUUCGUUGAAAGCCCUUCCCCUACUAGGCCACUUGGAGUUCGAAGAUGUCCAUCCCGCCUCCAAAGAUUUUGGAAACCGGUACCAGCUGCUUCCUUUGGCGGUCUUGCAUCCCAAAUCCGUAAGCGACAUCGCCUCGGUGAUACGACACAUCUGGAUGAUGGGACCUCAUUCGCAGCUCACGGUUGCAGCGAGAGGCCGUGGACAUUCACUCCAAGGCCAAGCACAGACUAGACAUGGAAUUGUUAUCCACAUGGAAUCACUACAGCCCCAGAAGCUGAAGGUCCACGGCGUUGGUGGUGGUACUACUCCGUUUGUUGACGUGUCUGGUGGUGAGCUUUGGAUAAACAUUUUGCACGAGACCCUAAAGUACGGGCUUGCACCAAAAUCAUGGACGGACUACCUACAUUUAACUGUAGGUGGUACUCUGUCCAAUGCUGGAAUCAGCGGCCAGGCAUUCCGACACGGGCCGCAGAUCAGCAAUGUUCAUCAACUGGAGGUUGUCACAGGAAAAGGUGAGAUUUUAAACUGUUCAGAGAGGCAGAACAGCGACCUGUUCCAUGGAGUUCUUGGUGGGUUAGGUCAGUUUGGCAUCAUAACACGGGCAAGAAUAGCAUUGGAACCCGCACCAACCAUGGUCAAAUGGAUGAGAGUGUUGUACCUGGAUUUUGCAGCUUUUGCGAGGGACCAAGAGCGCCUGAUUUCGUCAGAUGAUGACAAAUUCGAUUACAUUGAAGGUUUUGUGAUAAUAAAUAGGACGGGACUGCUGGACAGCUGGAGGUUAUCCUUCACACCAGAAGACCCUAUAGAGGCCAGCAAAUUCAAAUCUGAUGGUAGGAAUCUCUACUGUCUGGAAGUGGCCAAGUACUUUAAGCUGGAUCAAGACAAGAAAGAUGUAAUGAACCAGGAGGUGAAAGAAUCAUUGUCUGAACUAAACUACAUCUCGUCGACACUGUUUUCAUCGGAGGUAACGUACCAAGAAUUCUUGGACAGGGUACAUGUCUCUGAGAUGAAGCUGCGAUCGAAAGGGCAGUGGGAAGUUCCACAUCCAUGGCUGAAUCUGCUAGUGCCAAGAAGCAGAGUCAAUGAAUUUGCAAAAGGUGUGUUCGGAAACAUCCUAACGGAUACAAGCAACGGCCCAGUCAUCGUCUACCCAGUCAACAAGUCAAAGUGGGACAAUAGAAGUUCAGCGGUGACACCGGAGGAGGAAGAGAUAUUCUACUUGGUGGCGAUCCUUACAUCGGCUGUUCCAGGGUCGACAGGGAAAGAUGGAGUCGACCAAAUCGUAAAGCGGAACCAAAGGAUACUUGAAUUCAGUGAAGCAGCAGGUUUAGGGCUGAAGCAAUACCUGCCCCAUUACACAACCAGACACGAGUGGAGAUCCCACUUUGGUCCUAAGUGGGAUGAUUUUGUGCGGAGAAAAUCCAGAUAUGAUCCCUUCGCAAUGCUUGCGCCAGGCCAGAGAAUUUUCGAGAAAUCACCAGUAGUCUCACCACACUCCUCAUGACCAGACCCGACCCGGUGGAUUAUUAUUACUAGGGUCUUGUAUGUAACAAACAACUAUAUUUUAAGGCCUAAUAGAUCUUAUGUACAUACGACUAUAUUUUCUCGAUCGCUGUAUACAUACACGUGCAUAAUAGUA